AGUGCGACGCGGUUGGACACGGUACUGACGCCUAUCGGUCAACUUUACAAUCAUGCAUCGCAAGUGGAUUAUUUAGAUUUGUGCAAUCGAGGGAUUCGCGUGCAUAUCGUCCCGCAUCGACGGCGAACAAGGGGCGCUAUAAGACGCUGAAUUCGAGGUGCCUGCAAGUGUGCGUUUGCGGUUAGAAAUGUGUAGCUCAUAGCGAGCGUGUCAGCCGUGCGCUGAGAGGCCGUGAGUUCGUUGGCGUGGAUUUACUUCGUUUGUUUCUCGCCUGCCAGCCAGCUCCGUUGUCAUGGAGUCCAUAAGAAAAUGGUUCUACAGGCCCAAGAGAGACGACACAUCGCUGCUUGCGCAGUUUUUCUACGCCGAUGAAUCUUUGAACGCGGUUGCAUGUGAGUUGGAUUCAUUUGACGGUCGACAAGAGCCGGAGAGAUGCACAACGCUUGUCAAUCAGCUGCGACAUUGUCAAGACAAAGUUUUGACGAUAUGCAAUCAAAUUAUGGACGACCUUAUUCCUGAGAAUCGAGCUAAUAGAGAUUUUAGGGUCAAAUUUCCUGACGAUGUAAUGCAGGAAAAUCUUGCCGGGCAGCUUUGGUUUGGCGCCGAAUGUCUUGCGGCUGGUUCAUCCAUCAUCAAUCGAGAAGCUGAAAGCGCCGCAAUGAGGCCACUCGCCAAGGCUCUUACUAAGUCUUUGGAAAUUGUUAGAAAUUUACUCAGAGAUCACGCUCUCAAGGGUCACAUGAAUCUAAAGGCUCAAAAUCCACUGGAACCGUCGUUAGAGAAGCUGAUAGAGUCACUGAAGAUAUUCGAUCGUUUAUUCGCCGAUUUUGAGUUAUGUUAUGUCGGAGCUAUGGUUCCAGUGAAAUCAACCAAAGAGUACGAACAUCAGGAGCUCGUUUGUGUCCUAUUUUCGGAAACACUUCAAAGAGCCCUCGAACGAGGUCUGUUGAGGCAGGCGGAUGUAGACAACUACGAACCGGCUCUGAUGUUCACGAUACCGCGAUUGGCGAUCGUUUCUGGCUUAUUAGCGCCUCCAGGAGGGCCGUUGUGCUUGAAUUCGGCCGAUACUUUGAGCGAGAUGUUCAGACCGUUUAGAACCUUGCUUUUGAAAAUAAGAGAACUACUCUGGACAUUGAACAACCGGGAGUUGUACAUGCUGGAGAAAUUGCUUUGCUCGAACGAAGAACCGUCAGCGCCGUUGACGCAAGGGACGAAAUCAAUUUGCCAAGAUUUUCCUGACCUCGAGGAAUUUGUACAUAAUUUUUAUACGGGGUAUCCAAAUUGUAAAGAGUUCAUUGUUGAUUUUUAUACUGUGACGAAAAAUACUGGGAACAAUAUGGACGAAGUGGCGAACGACGCUGUUCAAAUAAUUGACGAAGACUGUAAUAAUAUGACUGAUACACGUGAUACCAACAACGUAGAUGUAUCGAGUUUGGAGUACAGAUCUCAAAAUGAUAAGAGUAAGCAGUGUUGUAAGAAUGAAACAAUAAUAAAUACAAGGCCUGAAAACUUAAUCUUGUCAGUGGAUGGUGAGGAAAGUCAUCACGGUGUUGGUCGUAAUGCGAUAACCGAGGCUAAUGCUGUGAUUCAUAGUCAAGACAAAGAAACUGCGCGUAUACUAAGGAUACUGGGAGAGAAUGGUGAAAAUUCAGGAAGAUCGAUCAGAUCGUGUAAAGAGGACGAACAGAGUUCUCGCAGCUGUGAAAUAGUUGAGUUGAGUUCAGUAAAUAUCGUUCCUAGGCAAGAAGACUUAAAUAGCACAGUUGAUAGUCUGAACAAUUCGGGACAGAGUGAUAAUAAUCCAGGUAUAAAUACUCAUAAUUUGGAUGCAGAAAGCGAGGGGAGUUCGACUAGCAGCGCGGCACCACUCUCUGUAAAUAACUUAUCAAAAGAAGAGAGCAGGCGAGACAGCUUGCAGAAUGACGAAAGCUAUUUAAACCCUGAUAUCUCUGAAAUCUUGGGAACGUCGGAAAGUAACGAAGUUUUGCAAACGCAAUAUCUACUUAACCAGGUGUCGCAUGAAAACAACGUUACUGGUGACGGAAUGCAUGUACAAAAUUCUCUGCCUGACAUCGAAUCGAAAAAGCUGAUAUCCGAGGCUAAUAAAACACUGUCUAAUUUAUUGUCGGAUGGCGAAUGUCCAAAUGAGAUCUCUGAACAAACUGACUCUGGUAUAUGCACUGUGAUAUCGUCUGAAAACACAAGUCUCUAUGACAAAAGUCCCGAAGAGAAGAGAACCUUCCCACGUGAUGCUGAACACAAUUGCGAAGAUGAUGAGGAGGAUAUUGAAGAAAAUACAAGCUACUCUUGUUCCAAAAUAAAUUCGCCAAAACGAAAGAAUUCUAACAUAUCAGAAAAUUCUUGCGUUUGUAGCCUGCGAAGCUCAAAGACUGUUACUUCAUUGGAUAGUUCGAUUGAAGUCCAUGCUUUAAGUUCAAACGGUUUAGAUAGCGCUAAAAACAUUCCAAAGAUAUCUUCGAAUUUUGAUGGUACGAACGAAGAAUUUGUUGGUUUAGCUUAUGGUAAUGGUCAGAUAUCUGUUUGCGAAGCAAAUCAAACCAGCUUUCAGAUAAACUAUUCUGAAAAUUGGGAGAAUUUGAAUCUUAACAUUGACGCGUCGACAUCGCGAAAAGAAUUCUGGAGUGACUUGAAGUGUGAAAAUUGUCCAUCAACAUCGCAGAAGAUAGACGUGAUUGGUAAUAAGAUAGAAAAGUAUGCCCAGGACAAAAUCGCAAUCAAAAAAUUAAAAGAAGACAAACAGAGGAGGAGAUACUUGAGAAAGUAUGAAAGACGGGGGAUCAGGAAAGAACAUGAUGAUACUGCAAAGGUUUGCAGAAGCGUGCAAAAUUUACAAGUGCCUACAAGUACGGAAAGUUCAAGGUCAAAUUCCACGGAUCGAAGUUUAAAUCCAAGACUGACAAGUUUCGGUGCCACGUUACAUCCAAGUCAAAAUACACGACAAAUGCCGAAUUUUGGUAGUCACAGUCCGCAUAUGAGUCCACGUUUGCAACAUUUUGAAACGCGAAGUGUGCACAGCUGUCUUCAGUACACAACGUCAUAUGUGCAAAAGCUGCACAGAAAUUCGUCGCUGCAAAACAGAAAGCUCUUAGAUCACCGAAGAUCGAGAUCGGAACAGUUGGCUAGGAUGAAAAAAAGGGACUUGGGGAAAAGAGAUAAGCAUGACAAGCACAUGGGAGCCGGGACCGACAAUGCUAGCAAUAUUAAGAAGAAACUUACGACAAAAGAAACUACAAGCUUAAUUAACGAUGGCUUAGGUCGCAGAACAGAUAAAAAUGGUUUACCAACUGAGCCUGUACAAACUACGUCCGAAAGUGGUCAUCAUUUUCAACCGCAAAGUUCAAGAGAAGUUUUCUCUACCAAUGGAAAUUCCCAAAGAGCAACAAGGCUGGUUAACCCUGCGGUUGUCGCCAGAGCACAUCCUACUAGCCUCGAAAUAGUUUUGGUACAGAGAAAAGACAUUGGGUCGAGUUCGAGCUGUUCCAGCUACUGCGAUUCCAGCUCAGAAACAAGCGAGUUUCAAAGCGAUUGUCAGGAUGAUGAGGAAAUCGCACUUGCUAUGCAAGCCGCUGAAAUUGCAAACAGAAACCAAAUCAGAGCGAAAUUCAGAUCGUCUGAGGAUUUGGUCCAUCGGUUGUUUGUAUGCAUCGCAGGAGUAGCCGAUCAGUUGCAAACAAACUUUGCCUCAGACUUGAGAAACAUCUUGAAGUGCGUAUUCCUCAUGAACAGUAGUCAGACGCCAGAUGAGAUAGAGCCUGUGAAGGCUGAAAGUUUCGAUUCCUCUACUCAACCAGACGCUGCUCCAAUAGAGACUGAAGAAAGAAGCAAUCCGGAGCAGGAAAUUCCAGAUGAUCAAAACGAAUUGAACGAAACAACACCAACGAACGAAAGAAUAUCGCCAAUAACUGAGCGUGGGGAAGAAUGUGUGGAGCGUGCCCCGGCCUGGAUACCGGAUCAAGAUGCUCCAAGAUGUAUGGCCUGUCAUGCAGCUUUCACCGUAGUGAGACGUAGGCACCAUUGCAGAAAUUGUGGUAAAGUAUUUUGUGGCCGGUGUAGUAACAACAACGUACCGCUACCCCGAUAUGGUCAUACAAAACCAGUAAGAGUUUGCAAUCGAUGUUUUCUUUACCAAGUAACACCGUUCACUGUAUCAGAGGUAGCGAUUACAAGCUGAAUGCCUCAGAAAAUAUAUUCAAGAAGAAUGCAAUCAUUAGGCAAAGCUUACGUUGAAUUUAAAAU